CAGGCUGGGGAGAUGGAGAGUGAGAACAGUACUGUGGUGACUGAAUUUAUCUUUGUUGGUCUGACCCAGUCUCGAAAUAUCCAGCUCCUGGUCUUUGUGCUAGUUUUCAUUUUCUAUCUCAUCAUCCUCCCUGGAAACUUCCUCAUCAUCCUCACCAUCAGGUCAGACCCGGGCCUCACGGCUCCACUCUACUUCUUUCUGGGCAACUUGGCCUUCCUGGAUGCAUCCUACUCCUUCAUCGUGGCUCCCAGGAUGCUGGUGGACUUCCUCUCUGAGAAGAAGGUGAUCUCCUACAGAGGCUGCAUCACUCAGCUCUUUUUCUUGCACUUCCUUGGAGGAGGGGAGAUGUUACUCCUGGUGGUGAUGGCCUUGGACCGCUACAUUGCCAUCUGUCAUCCUUUACACUACUCUACUGUCAUGAACCCUAGAGCCUGCUAUGCCUUGUCCUUGGCUCAGUGGCUUGGAGGCUUUGUCCACUCCAUCAUCCAGGUGGCCCUCAUCCUCCACUUGCCCUUCUGUGGUCCAAACCGACUAGACAACUUCUUCUGUGAUGUGCCACAGGUCAUCAAGCUGGCCUGCACUGACACCUUUGUGGUGGAGCUCCUGAUGGUCUUCAACAGUGGCCUGCUCACCCUCAUAUGUUUUCUGGGGCUUCUGGCCUCUUAUGCUGUCAUCCUCUGUCGUGUCCGUGGUUCCUCCUCUGAGGGGAAGACCAAAGCCAUGUCCACAUGCACCACCCAUAUCAUUGUUAUAUUUCUCAUGUUUGGGCCUGCUAUCUUCAUCUACACCCGCCCCUUCAGAGCCUUUCCAGCGGACAAGGUGGUUUCUCUCUUCCACACAGUGAUCUUUCCUCUGUUGAACCCUGUGAUUUAUACCCUUCGCAACCAGGAAGUAAAAACCUCACUGAAAAAGUUGUUAAUCAACAAUUAGCCUGAUCAAAAG